UAAUCUUGAAAUUUAAAGUAAUGAUGAGGGGAAACUAAUAUUGCCCCAAGUAAAGGUACUAAAACUACUUGCAAAACGUGAUGUUUGAUGGUUUAAACUCUUCUAUUAAUGGCUUUGAAGGCCAGCCUGAAGUGCUGCACUAAGAUAAGGGAUCACUGCAUGAGGGUGUGUAAGGCAACGGAUUGGUGGAUACUCAUGAUAGAGGCUGGGUGUCUCCCUCCUGCCCUCACUGCACAUUAAGAUAAGCUCCUACUCCUCAAACACCCAAAACUACAGAGCUGAAUGACCACAUUGUUGCUGCUCUAAUACCGGAAAACACUUUCAUGGCUGAGCAGAAAAAUUUUGAAAAGAGCUUAGAGGAAGACAGGGGAGAUGAAGGCAAGAAGACAAAGAAACACAAGGGCCAAACAUGGGCUAAAGAGGGGCCACAAGACCCUUUUGAAAUGCUGGACUCUCUUUCUGAGGAGAAGCAACAAGAGAUUCAGAAAGCCCUACACCUGUUUUCUUUUGGUCAUGGGCCUCCAAAGAACCUACAAGAGGCUCUGAGACACACAUACUGCUUUUGGGAUACUCAGCCAGUCCCUAAGAUAGAUGAGAAAGUGACAUCACACGGACCAGUAGAGUCAGAGAGGCCCAGUGUUCGAGAAGAGCCACUCUCACUGCCACAGGAAUUCAUUUGGGACACACUCAACCUCGACAACCAAGAGCAGGUGAGUGAGAGUGAAAAGAGCUUAGAGGAAGACAGGGGAGAUGAAGGCAAGAAGACAAAGAAACACAAGGGCCAAACAUGGGCUAAAGAGGGGCCACAAGACCCUUUUGAAAUGCUGGACUCUCUUUCUGAGGAGAAGCAACAAGAGAUUCAGAAAGCCCUACACCUGUUUUCUUUUGGUCAUGGGCCUCCAAAGAACCUACAAGAGGCUCUGAGACACACAUACUGCUUUUGGGAUACUCAGCCAGUCCCUAAGAUAGAUGAGAAAGUGACAUCACACGGACCAGUAGAGUCAGAGAGGCCCAGUGUUCGAGAAGAGCCACUCUCACUGCCACAGGAAUUCAUUUGGGACACACUCAACCUCGACAACCAAGAGCAGCUGAGAGAACUGUGUGACUUGCUGAAUGAAAACUACACAGAGGAGGAUGACAACACAUUUCGUCUGCACUACUCUCCACAGUUCUUGCUCUGGGCUCUGUGCCCCCCUGGAUGGCAAUCACAGUGGCAUUGUGGAGUUCGAGUUAAGUCCAGUCAAAAACUAGUGGGAUUCAUAAGUGCCAUUCCUGCUACUAUUAAAGUAUUAGACAUAGAGCUAAAGAUGGUGGAGGUGAACUUCCUGUGUGUACACAAAAAACUUCGCUCAAAAAGAGUGGCACCAGUUCUAAUUAGGGAGCUCACCAGACGGGUGCAUCAGCAGGGUAUAUCUCAAGCAAUCUACAGCACCAGUGCGGUCCUACCAAAACCUGUUGCAAGCUGUAGGUAUUGGCACAGGUCACUGAACCCACGCAAGCUGAUUGAGCUGAAUUUCUCCUCUCUCACUCGUAACAUGACCCUGCAGCGUGCCAUCAAGCUAAAUCGGCUCCCUGAGACAACAAAAACCACAGGCCUUCGCCCCAUGACUGUGCAGGAUAUGCCAGUGGUUCAGGCUCUUCUGAGAGAACAUCUAAAGGCUUUUCAUCUCUCUCCUUCUCUGACCCUAGAGGAUGUUGAGCACUGGCUUCUGCCUCAAGAUGGUGUGAUUGACACAUAUGUUGUGGAGAGCAUGGCCGAGACCAUAACUGACAUGGUGAGUUUCUACACACUUCCCUCAUCAGCUCUGAACCACCCUGUGCAUAAAGGCUUGAAGGCAGCCUGUGUUCUCUAUUGCAUCAGCAAGGCUACCCCGCUGCUGCAGCUAAUGGAGGACAUCCUUAUCAUCUGUAAAGCAAGAAGGUUUGAUGUGUUUUCUGCUCUGGAUGUAAUGGAUAAUAAAGCUUUUUUGGAGCCCCUUAAGUUCAGAAUGGGAGAUGUACACAAGCAGUAUUACCUUUACAAUUGGAGAUGCCCUGAGAUGGCCUCAGACAAGGUGGGUGUUGUGCUGAAGUAAAGGCAUUUUGCGCACAAAUGGACAAUGAAAAUACAUAAGCACUCAUAUAGCACACUUUUCUUA